UCCCCAGGUCUUGGCAAGAUGUCUGCUCAUCUGCAGUGGAUGAUCGUGCGCAACUGUUCGAGUUUCCUUAUUAAAAGGAACAAGCAAACGUACAGCACGGAACCCAACAACCUCAAAGCUCGCAACUCUUUCCGCUACAAUGGGCUGAUCCAUCGCAAGACUGUGGGGGUGGAGCCUGCUGCUGACGGGAAGGGAGUCGUCGUCGUCCUCAAGAAACGCGCAGGCCAGCGGAAACCAGCCACCUCCUAUGAGAAGAUCACAAUCAACAAAAAUGCGCGCGCCACGCUCAACAGCCUCCGCCACAUCAUCCGCAAGAACAACUACCGCAAGGACCUGCGCAUGGCUGCCCUGCGUCGUGCGAGCGCCAUUCUGCGCAGCCAGAAGCCGGUGGUGGUGAAGAAGAAGCGCACCCGGGCUACCAAGACAGCCUAAAAGAGUCACCAGAUUAUCCAAUAAAGGAUCAGAAC